AUGAAAGAGUUGAGCCGGGGGGAAUGCGUAGAUCUCAUAUCCUCGUGCACGACACUUCCGGAUGCCAAGAUCAUCCACGCGCGAGUGGCGCGCAGCCCGCGCAUGAUCGAUUCGGGCCUCUUCCUCUCCAAUCUCCUCAUCCAGAUGUAUGGCCGGUGUGGCAGCACCGCCCACUCCCGCCGCGUCUUCGACGCCCUGGACGUGAAGAACGUCUUCUCCUACAAUCUCUUGCUCACCGCCUACGCCCGCAACGACCAGAUCGACGACGCCAUCGCCCUCUUCGAUCGCAUCCCCGACAAGAACCUGGCCUCCUGGAACGCGAUGCUCGCCUCAUACGCACGGAUCGGCCGGAUCGGCGACGCGCAGAGGAUCUUCGACGCGAUGCCGGCCAGGAACACGAUCUCCUGGACGGCGAUGCUGUCCGCCUACGCGCAGAUCGGCGAGACGCGCCUCGCCGCUGCGAUCUUCCGCGCGAUGCCGGAUCCGAGCCUCGUUUCCUGGAGCGCUAUGCUGGUUGCGUGCGUUGACGCCGUGGAUUUGGAGGGCGCGAUGGCGCUGUUCCUGGAGAUGCCGCUGCACGAUCUGGUGGCGUGGACGACGCUUCUGGUGGGAUUUGCCGAUAACGGGCAUCUAGACAGCGCCAAGCGCGCGUUUGAUUCCAUGCCGGAGUGGAACAUGGUAGCGUCGACCGCGAUGAUUGUCAUCUUCUCUCAGAAGGGAUUCCUCGAAGAAGCGAUUUCUAUCUUUCGAUCGAUGCUCUACAGGGAUCUAGUCGCGCUGACAGCGAUGAUUGUAGCAUUUGCUCAGAACGGGCAUUUGCUACAAGCUCAGAAAAUAUUUGACAGUAUGCCAGAUCGAAGCAUCGUUUCCUGGACGGCGAUGUUGGCAUGCUACUCACAGCUGGGGAGGAUCAACCAAGCUAAAGAGAUCUUUGAAGAGAUGCCAGAGAGGAAUCGCGUGGCUUGGAACACCAUGCUUGCGGCAAAUGCCCAGGAAGGAGAUGUAGAGAGUGUGGAGCUCCUUCUCUCGCGAAUGCCCGAGUGGGAUCUAGUCUCCUGGACAGCGCUGGUCGUGGCGCUAGCGCACAGAGGCGAGCUUGAUCACGCCAGGAUCGUUUCCAAGCGCGUGAGCGACCUCGAUCUCCGCCUCUCCAACGCGAUCAUGGCAGCAAGCGCGCUCGAUCACGGCGAGCGCGUCUUCCAAUCGAUGCUCCACCGCGACAUCUCGUCCUGGAACUCGAUGCUCAGCGCCUACGCGCGCUCGGGCCGCAUCGACGAGGCGCGCUGGAUCUUCGAUUCCAUGCCGCAGCACGACGUCGUCUCGUGGAACGCGCUCCUCGCAGCGUACGCCCAGGCGGGUGAUCUCGAUCACGCCGCGAAGAUCUUCUCGUGGGCGAUGCCGGAGAGAGAUCUCGUCUCCUGGACAGCGAUGGCCGCCGCCUAUGCCCACGCCGGCUUCCCCGACCGCGCGUCCGCGAUCUUCGACGCCAUGCCGGAGAGGAAUCGCGUCUCGUGGGGCGUGGCGCUGGCGGCGCAAGCCCAGCGCGGCGCCGCCCGCGAGGCGGUGGAGAUCUUCCAGAGGAUGCAAGCCGAGGGGAUCGGGGCGGACGAGAUCUCCUUCGAUUGCUUGCUGCUGGGAUCCAGCCACGCCGGGAGAUUGCGCGAGGGCUGCCACUACUUUCGAUCCAUGGGGUUGGAUUUUGGGAUGGCCCCCAGCAAGCAGCAUUUCCAGUGCGUGGUGAGCUUGCUGGGGCGGGGCGGCCACGCGGACGACGCGCGGAGCUUGGUCUCGGCCAUGCCGUACGUCCCCGACAUUGUGGACUGGCGGUCGCUGCUGUCGGCGACCGGGGGACAGGGACUUUGCGUUGACGCUUGGAAGUUGGAUAGAGUACUAUUCAGCAAGGCAUCGAGAACGGUGGCAGCUGAUAUGUGGAUACUCUUCUCCCAAGGAGGAAGACUUAGUCCGAAGGCUGAGGAUGUUCAUAUGGAGGGGCAUAUCAUCAUGGACAGGGGAGCCAAGCUGAAUCCAUUGUUAGCUUACUUGCUUGAGGAGCAGACUAUGGCACUACUCAACUGUGCAAGGGAGUUGGUGAUUGAGUGCGAAAGGGACUUCCUGGUCCAUCUCUUCAAGCGUGGAUCUCGAGGACGAGCCUGUCAUUUUCAUGGUGACGAUGAUGAUGGAGUUCUAACAAUGCUGACCCAAAAACAACAAGAUUGA